AUGCCGGUGAAGGUGUAUAUAACUCUGGAAUCAGCGACACAUCUUCGACGACCAAUUUUGUCAACAGAUUUUGCCGAAAUAAGCAGCAAGCAGGAGUAUCCGGGAUAUGGAUGGUUUAAGCUGUGGUACUCAGGAAGUGAGAGGCGGCAGAAUAGAGUGGGCAUAUUAGUGGACGAGGAUCUUAGAGGAAGGGUGGUGGAAGUUAGGCGGGUAUGUGAUAGGCUAAUGAGCAUUAAGCUGGUCGUUGGGGACUUCAGUUUGCAUGUGUGUAGUGUUUAUGCGCCGCAGUUAGGCUUGGAUGAGGAGGUGAAAGCAAGUUUUUGGGAGGCUUUGGAUGAGAAUGAAGAAGUUAAAAAGAAAGUGGGGAGUAAGAAGGGGGCGCAUGUUAAGUUUAUUGAGAGUAAGGAUAAGGAGGAGAAGUGGGUGAAUAGGGAGGUGUACAAAUUACCAAAGAAUGAGGCCAAGUUAGCAUUUACGGUGGCUAAGACGGCAGCGUUUGAGAGCAUAUAUGUGGGGUUAGAAAAGAAAGGAGGGGAAAAGAGAUUGUAUAGGCUGGCUAAAGCUAGGGAGCGAAAGGUUCUUGACCUCGAUCUAGUGAAAUGCAUUAAGGGGGAGGAUGGGAGUGUUUUGGUGAAGGAUGUCCACAUUAAGAAAAAAUGGCAGGACUAUUUUCAUGGUUUAUUGAACGAGGAGGGGGACAGAAGCAUUAAGCUAGGGGAGCUGGAGCACUUGGAGGAUAAUUGGGAUUUUGGUUACUGUAGACGUUCUAAGGUUGAGGAGGUCAGAGAGGCUAUUCAUAGGAUGCGGAGGGGCAGGGCGAUAGGGCUUGAUGAAAUUUUAGUGGAUUUUUGUAAGUUUACUGGUGGAGCUAGUUUGAGCUGGUUCUAA